AUGAUAGUUUUAGUUCGACAUGGAGAAAGAGCAGACAAUUGUCUAAUUGAAAGUAAGAAUGUUUAAAAUCCACAUGAUCCUCACCUUACUCCAAAAGGCUGUGAAUAAGCCUAAUUGGCAGGAAAAUAAAUUCUUAAAGUAAUAGAAGAAUACAGAAAGAUUGAAAUCUAAUCAUCACCUUUUUUAAGAUGCAUUAUGACUGCAAAAAAUAUUGCUCAGCAAAUAAAAAAAGAUGAAAUAUCUCUGUACACAGAAAUUUGUGAAACUUUAUAUUCUAAUUUCUUUUCAAGCAAUCCAUUACCUAGAUUAAUUAUUAAUAAAAAUCCAAAUCUUACUUAUUUUUCUGGAAUAUCUUUAAUUGAUAAAUAAAAUGAAUAAAACUUUUAUCCAGAAACUCUAGAAGAUGUGAAUCUUAGAAUUCUAAAUUAUGUCUAGAAAUUGCUCGAAAAAAUAGAAGAUGAUUAAUGCAUAAUUUUAGUAACUCAUCAAAGACCUCUUAAAACAAUUUUAGAAUAUUUUAGUUAAUAAACAGAUGAUGUAGGUUAUUGUAAAGUAAUCUCUAUNUAAUAUCAACAACAAUUACUAAAAUUAAUUAUUAUUUUCAAGAAUUUCAUUCCAUUAAUAAAUCAAUAUGAACUGUCGAAUUCUAAAUUUAAAUGUUUCAAAUGCAAAAUAAUUUAAAAGUUAAAAUUAAAUAUUUAUAUCAAGGCAGUUGUGAAAUAUAACAAUUAAUCAUAUUAUAAUGGUAAAUGA